CAUCGUCUGUCGGCCAUUUUGGUUUGUUGAACAGAACGAACGAACAGUGUGAGAGAGAGAGAGAUAGUGAACGGAAUCGCAUCAUUCGUGAUUUCAAAAGUGAAUAUCAUUUGGCUUGUAUUCUACGAACAUGUCAUUUCCUGGCCGACCUCCGGUGGGAAUGCCAGGAGGUAUGCCUGGAAUGGCCCCUCGUAUGAUGCCAACUCAAGGCUAUGCAUUUGCCCCUAUGCCCGGGAUGGCUGGUAUGAACACAAUGAUGCCCAUGCAGAUGGGGAUGAUGGCCCCAGUGACAAAUUCUGUCUCUGGAAUGAUGAUGAGACCUAUGGUGGCGACACCCCAAGUGCCAGUUCAGCCUCAGCAGCAUAUGAAGCAGAAUAAAAAACUUGUCCCUCAAGAAAUUCCUAAGUCAAGUUCAAGAGAAGAAAAGCCACCUGUAACGACAGUAUUUGUUGGGAACAUCAGCGAAAGAGCUCCAGAUAUGAUGAUUAAGCAAAUGCUUCAGAGAUGUGGGAAUGUUCUCAGCUGGAAGCGUGUGCAAGGAGCAUCUGGAAAGUUACAAGCCUUUGGAUUUUGUGAAUAUGAAGAUCCUGAAGCUACAUUACGGUGUAUUCGAUUACUGAAUGAAUGGCAAAUAUCGGAAAAGAAACUAGUGGUUAAAGUUGACGCAAAGACAAAGACACUGCUGGAUGAAUACAGGAAAAAGAAAAAUAAAACUGAAGGGAAAGAGACCAAGAAAGACUCAUCAGAAACAAAUGGUGACAAAAAAGAAGAAACUGAGGAUGGAGAGGUAAAGAAAGAAAAAGAAGAGGAGAAAGCGGAAUCAGAUGUGGUUGAGGAUCUAGAUGAAGACACAAAGAGAGAAGAUCGUGUUGCUUCUGCUGGCUUAGAGGCAAUCAUGCGAGAGUAUGCAUUUGAGUUGGCAAAAGAGCCUUCUAAAUCCAGUGAAGCUGUUGUUGAAAAAGAGAAAGCCCUCCCUAAGAAGGACAAAGAUUUGCUUAUGCACUCCAAAGACACUGAUUUCCAGCGAGUGGUAAAAAGACGUACGGGGGGCUUUGACGACAUGGAAAUGGAGGAUGAGAAACGUGAAAUUAUCAACAGAGAAAUCAACAAGUUCAGAGACAGACAUAAGGAUGAUGAUGAAGACAAAGAUAAGGAUAGAGAUAAAGAGAGAAAUUUGGUGAGAGAGAGGGAGAUCAGGAGACAGGAGGAAAAACGUCAGAGAGAACGCAUGGACCGUAUGAGGGAACAGAGGGAAAGAGAGUCGACCAAAGAGCGAGACCGUGAGCGGGAGAGAGAGAGGGAAAGGGCCAGUGCCAGAGUCUCCAGAUCAAGGUCUCGGUCUAAUUCUCCUGCUCCUUCAAGGUCAAGGCGGAGGUCCAGGUCCAGGGAAAUGACCAGCAGAGACAGGUCGAGAGAAAGGAGAAAGGAAAGAGAAAUUGAAGAGGAAGAGGAGGCAUAUGAGCGCAGAAAACUUGAGAAAAAAUUGAGAGAAAAAGAAGCGGCAUAUCAAGAGAGAUUAAAGAACUGGGAAAGCAGAGAACGAAAGAAAUCCAGAGAGCAUGAAAAGGAAAAUGAAAGGGAAGACGAAAGAAAAGUAGAAGAGGCCAGAGAGGGACGAAGACUGAAGGAAUUCUUGGAAGACUAUGAUGAUUUGAGGGAUGAUCCUAAAUUUUACAAGGGCAGUGCUUUGCAGAGACGUCAAAAGGAAAGAGAAAAGGAGAAGGAACUGGACAAUAGAGACCGACAGAGAGAGAAAGAAGAAUUUGAAGAAAUCAAAAGAAAACUGUUUGAUGAAGGACACCCAGAUGCAGAGACUGAAGUAGCAAGGAUGGAACGUGAGAGAGAAGAGCACCUGCAGCCUCGCUUGCAUCUGCAAGAACUGAAGGCUCCAAACCCCCCACCCCCUCCCCCUGAGUCGGAGUCGGAAGACGAGCCGCUGGUUCAUGAGAGACUACAGCCGGAGAGGCCUCGGCCAGAGUCGCCAAAACAGCAAGUUCACCAGCCGUCUCGCAACAGCGCCCCUCCCCUCCCGCCCCAGCUCCCACCGCACAUGGCUGGUGGCGGCGGCGGUGAACACAAGCCGUCUCCCUCCCUAUCCACCUCUCCCAUCUCCACGGAUUCGCGAAUCAGUGCUCCAGGUCUGUUUAUGGAUGAAUCUUCUCAGUCGUCUUUACCACCCACGGCCGGCCCUACUCUAUCGUUGGCCAGGGAGGACCCUUUGCUGGCUGUCAGGGGGAAGAGAUUAGGUCCGAGUGUGAGCCCCGACUCCUCCAGCCUUCCUGGCGUUGUGCCCGCUGCUGAUGGCAAGAGGAAAAAGCUGACAGUGGGAGAUGUGUUCAACCAAGACGAUGACGAUAACGGGGAACCCAAGAAGCGGAAGCUGGUUCCGCUAGACUAUGACGAAGAGAAGUCCACUCCAACAGAGAAGAAGACAGCCACCGCAGAAGAGAAGAGGCAAAAAAUUAAACUGCUAAUUGAAAGCAUUCCCACUGCUAAAGAUGAACUGUACGCUUUUACAGUGGAUUGGGAUAUUGUUGAUCAGAGUUUGAUGGACAAGAGGAUCAAACCGUGGGUGACCAAGAAAAUUGUGGAGUAUAUAGGAGAAGAAGAACAAAGUCUUACAGACUUCAUCUGCCAGAAAGUUGUCGCCAGAAGCACUCCACAGAGUAUACAAAACGACGUUGCUAUGAUUCUGGAUGAAGAAGCUGAGGUGUUUGUGGUGAAGAUGUGGAGGCUGCUAGUGUAUGAGACGGAAGCAAAGAAGCUGGGAUUAGUCAAGUGAUGACUCACAGCAGAUGUUUGUUAAUGAAUAUGGUGGGCAAAGUAGAUGAAAAUUUUGAGUUGGAAACAGGCAGUAAACUGUCUCCCACACUUAUGGGAUUUUUUUUGUCAGCCUCUAGUGUUGGAAAAACAUGCAAAUGGGGUGGCUUUGUUCCCCUGUGCUGGGUGUUGAUUGCUUUAGCCAGCCAGUCAUCAACCGUGAGUCAGUUGUUAACCUUUUAUUGUGUAAAGAUGUGAAGACAUAAUUGUUAACCCUUCCCUGAAUUCAUCUCAGAUAUUUUAAAAGCAUAGCUCCGUUUCCUUGACAUUUUUUGCCUUUUUCCAUAUCAUUGACAAAGUUUGUUUGAAAUUCAGAUAAAAGAUGAACGCUCAUUUCUAGCACUUUAAGAUUACUUUCUGAAACUUCUUUUGCUCUUUAGAUGAGAUAAAGAAAGAGACUGUUUCUAUAGUCACUUAAUAAUUCUUGGUGUUACUUUGUUGUUCAAUGUUUCGUUUGUUGUGUUAGGGGAACUUGAAAUACUAAAUAAACAGGUUCCAUUUUGUUUGGGUAAAAAGAAAAUAUGACAUUAUAGACUGACUUAGGGGAACUUAUAUGAUUUUGAAGAAAUGAAACUUCAGUUGGCUCCACUUAUCCCUCUGACUCUGAAUCAUCAAGUACCAAAGUAUUGCUGUAUUUACCUCAAUGAUUUUAGAUAUAAUAUGCUCAAAUUUUAAGAUGGGUUGAGAUAAAUGAGAAAAUAUGCUCAAAUUUUAAGAUUGGUUUGAUAAAAAUACGAAAAUCCAUUAUCCGUAAAAAUCACAUGGUGUUGAAAGGGCUCUGCCACUCUUCGAAUAGCUGUGAAAAAUGAAAAAGAAAUUGUGAAUGUUGCCAUGUAAAAUCGAAUGGGCACAGUCUAGUUCUGAAAUUCUUCAUCAAAGUGCUGGCUUUGAUAGGAUUUGCUUUAUAGUUUUGAAUGGCUGUGUGAUGAUGUCCCACUGUUAUAGGUUCCCACCAGGAACAUACAUUAUUGUUGGUUCUGUGUGAGUGUUGGCUGUGUUUAUUGUUUUAAUCAGUGGUGUUGAAUGGUGUGAAUAUUGAUGAAUGUGUUGUUGGAACUUGACUGUGUCUGUCUGUGUUGGCGAGGAAACAGGGUGAGUAUACUUGUUUGAGUAAAAGAGAGGGAGUGUUUGUGUGUGUGUGUGUGUGUGUGUGUGGAUGAGGAAAUUGCAAGCAUAAGUGGUUGUGUCUGUCAGUGCACAUGGGAAUGGAAGCAUGCUUUAUGGAAAAAUUGUUUUUAGCAGUUGGUGAGUGACAAGGGCAAUGCUGAUGAAAAGUAAUGGGCUUGUUUUUUUCCAUCAAUUGCUAUCAUGAGACUUCCAGGUGUGAAUUUAUUUUUCUCCCCCCAUAUUAUAAGGGCCCAAGUGUCACGGGGAAAUGAGAGGUUUUAAUGUGGUCAACAAACUGCCUGGUUUUUUGUGUGUUUUUUUUAAUAGCCACAUGUAAGCUCACCAUAUCUCUUUAUUCAGGUGACUUUGGAAAUAAAGAUGUUGAAUCAGCUCAUA